GUGAGAGCUGUUGUUUGAAAUAAUUAAUUGAUGAAGAAAGCUGGCAGCAAUAUGCAAUUAUUUUGUUUCUGUGUUAUGCGUUUAUAGAGUAAAUAAUAGUGUUUAUAGAGUAAAUAAUAGUAUAAUACUCUCUCUCUCUCUCUCUCUCUCUCUCUCAAUUGGGAAAGGACCAAGGAGUGAAGUUAUGUAGCAGGAAAUGCGGUGAAAGGCUUCUGGUUUCCGACCCCGGAAAAGGGUUCAGGUCGGAAUGUGGAAAUCAGUGGCCGUUAUGGUGGUGGUGGUGGUGUUUCUCUUCCUAUCCUUGCUCGGCUUUUUUGAUGCCCAAAGAACAUUGAUUAGUUCCAGAUUCAAUGGCAACCGAAUCGGCAGAAUUGGAGGUUCCAGUUCCAGCUCCAGCUCCUACUUCAAAGUUCUCAUUUUUUCUGCAUUAAAUUCACUGAAGGUAGGUGGAGGAUUUGCAAGCUCGAACACUAAUAAUAUAAAGGGAUCGGAAUUACAGCAUAGUGUGGUGAUGGGUCAUGGAAUUGGUCAGCCAGUGAUAGAGGAGUUUACCUUCCCUGCAAAUUCAGUUCCUUUUAAUGCCUGCCAUGCUUCUACAAUUGUUGAGGUCGAAAGAGAUCACUUUUUGGUUGCUUACUUUGGUGGAUCUAAAGAGGGAGCACCUGAUGUGAAAAUUUGGCUGCAGACUUACAAGGAUGGCUGUUGGUACCCUCCUAUGGUGGUUGAUGAAGAGCCUGAUGUUCCAAUGUGGAAUCCUGUACUGUUUAAGCUUCCAUCUCAGGAAUUGCUUUUGUUCUAUAAAAUUGGUCAAGAGGUCCAAAAAUGGAGUGGAUGCAUGAAGCGAUCUCUUGAUGGCGGUAUCACUUGGUCAGACAGAGAACAACUUCCAGCUGGAAUAUUAGGACCAACAAAGAAUAAGCCCAUCUUGCUUAAAGAUGGACGUCUUCUCUGUGGAUCCUCUGUGGAGAGUUGGAACUCUUGGGGUGCAUGGAUAGAGGUCACAGCAGAUUCAGGACAGUCAUGGAGGAAGUAUGGUCCAGUAUUUGUUGAAGGUGAACCUCUCAGUGUUAUUCAACCGGUUCCUUAUUUUACUAAAAAUGGGACAUUACGUGUUCUAUUGAGAUCCUUUGAAGGAAUAGGCAAAAUCUGUAUGUCAGAAUCCUAUGAUGGGGGCCUGAAUUGGGGAUAUGCAAAGCCUACGGAACUCCCUAAUCCAAACUCAGGGAUUGAUGGGGUUAAAUUGAAUGAUGGUCGUUUAUUACUUGCCUAUAACACAAUCUCAAGAGGUGUGCUCAAAGUUGCCCUUUCCAGCGAUGAUGGUGACACCUGGCAUGACAUGCUAACAUUGGAGGAAAAUUCAGAAAUGGAAUUCUCUUAUCCUGCUGUCAUACAGGCCGGUGACGGAGAUGUUCACAUCACCUAUACAUAUAACAGGACCCAGAUUAAGCAUGUUGUUCUUGAACCCAAGUAACUCAGGCAACUUAUGCUAGGCUUCAAGUCAAGGGAACACUGAGUCGUGCAGAUUCUUGCUAAUUGUAGUGUAUUGACCUUUUCUUUCGUUUGUUUUGUUCUUUUUCAUUAGUUCUUUUUAAUAGAAUGUUAGUUCCCUGGCCAUACUUGAGUGGUGUAUUGUAAAUGUAUUGUAAAUGUUCCAAGUGAACUCUCUUCCUUGUUGCAGCAACUGUUACACUUCAUGCAUACUGAUUAGCCAAUCUAUAUCUGAACUUUUGCAUAUUAAGCAUGAGGAAGCAAAUGAAGUUAGGUUAAUUAACCCCUAA